AUGAUGGAGAACCAACGAGACCAAGACGUGUGGGCGAUGAUGAACGAUUCAUGGACCAACUCGAGUCGCGGUGGAAACGAGACGGGUAUCAGGAACCAGACCGGCGUGAACCCCCUGAAGCGGAACGAGGAUGUGGCCAAAGUGGAGGUGACCGUUCUUGUCCUCGUCCUGCUGCUCGCGUUGGCCGGUAACCUUUGCGUCCUCUUGGCUAUACAUACGAGCAAGCACAGCCACUCUCGAAUGUACUACUUCAUGAAACACCUCAGUAUUGCGGACCUGGUGGUGGCAAUCUUCCAGGUCCUCCCGCAGCUCAUAUGGGACAUUACAUUUCGCUUCUACGGGUCUGAUGUACUGUGCAGGCUGGUGAAGUACCUACAGGUUGUCGGGAUGUUCGCGUCCACUUACAUGCUUGUUCUAAUGUCCAUAGACAGAUGCUUGGCGAUAUGUCAGCCCCUCCGCUCUCUGCACAAGAGGAAGGACCGUUUUUAUGUGAUUGCUUCCUGGAUGCUUAGUCUGGUUUUCAGUACCCCUCAAGUGUACAUAUUUUCCUUGAGGGAGGUGGGCAACGGAGUUUAUGACUGUUGGGGAGACUUCGUAGAACCCUGGGGCGCCAAGGCGUACAUUACGUGGAUUAGUCUUACAAUCUACAUAAUUCCAGUGGCUAUUCUAAGUAUUUGCUAUGGCCUGAUAAGUUUUAAAAUAUGGCAAAACUUUAAAAUGAAAACCAGACGGGAUCAGUGUAUGUCUCUGACACCGCGGACGUCCAAAGGUGCAACGCUCUCUCGGGUGAGCAGCGUAAGGCUCAUAUCAAAAGCGAAGAUCCGAACUGUCAAAAUGACUUUUGUCAUUGUCGUAGCUUAUAUUGUUUGUUGGACUCCUUUUUUCUUCGUACAAAUGUGGUCGGCAUGGGACCCUGCUGCGCCCAGAGAAGACAUGGCGUUCAUCAUUGCCAUGCUGCUGGCCAGUCUGAACAGCUGCUGUAACCCGUGGAUCUAUAUGUUCUUCGCUGGCCACCUGUUCCAUGACCUGAUGAGGUGCUUCAUCUGCUGCUCCUCACAGUACCUGAAGGCCUCACAGUGCGGAGGGUGUGACCGCCAGCAGAGCCGCAGGAGCAUCUCCACCUCCACCUUCGUCAUCAAGAACCAUAGUAGUCAGAGGAGCAUCACUCAGACCACCAGCACAUGA